AUGGCCAAUUGCAACCUCAAUGCUGCCCCCGUCGGAGCGGCCAUCUUCGACGAGCCUGUCUCAUACCUGGACCUCAAGGCCUGGAUCGCCGAACAGGAAGCCCUACCCCAGCCAGAGCCACUCACUGACAUCCAGAAGAAAGCCAUUCUGGACCUGAAGAAAUCCAUCGUCAAGACGAAGCAGAGUUUUCACCUCGACCACGCCGAUUGGGUCUCCCUACUUAUGAGAUACCGGGAUGCCCAUGCAGCUGAAGGGUGCACCGUCGAAUUCAAUGAUAACCACCAGAAUCAAGUCGGCAAGGUUGGCUUCAUGUGCUUUGUCUCACUUUCGGUAACCAGGGACUGGGAGCCGAUCCUCUUCCCCAGCAAAGAGAAUGGCAUAUUAGUGGACGACGCUACCGGAGCACCUUAUGUACCGCACUUUACCAAGAAAAAGGACGCAAAACGGUACGCAGCCAAGUGCGCUAUCGAGUGGCUCAUGUAUCAAAGGUACAUGCCCUCGGACUGCCAAAACGUGACUUUUAAGGCGAAGUCCAAACCUGGCAAUCCCCAAAAUGGACAGUCCAAGCAACCGCCUGGAGUUCCGGUUGUGGUCCCUUUGGUCAUUACUCCCCAGACGACACCUACGGCAUCAGUCAACACCAACGGAAUCGUUAAUGGUAAUGGCGCCGUGUCUGCGCCUGUCUCCAUUCCCUCCACGCCAUCGUCUCCCGCGAACGGGGAGUCGGAUUCAAACGACGGUAGCGACGGUGCCUCUCUAGACCCAGAUGCCGUGAGUAAUUCCGCGAACUCAUUGGCACCUUAUCUUGCCAAACCACCUCCUGCUCCUCGUCGUAGGAAAGGCACCGACAAUAUUCUUGAUAUUGACGUCCAUGACGAUAGUAUCUCGGUACACCAACGACUAGCGGAGAUGGCCAAGAGACUGGGGAUGCAGGUUCCACACAUCAUAGUAGAACCGAUUCCUGAUGCUCAGAACAUGUUUCGCGGACAGGCCAACUUUCCGAUCGAGGCCGGGCAGGUACCGGAGCAUGUGGGACGAGUGGACAGUGGUUUUAUGGGGCCGGCCACCAAGGAGAUGGUGGCUGAGAAAGUGCUGGAAUAUUUGUUUGAAGUUGAGCGGGUGCGGAUUGCGGAGUUCGAUUCUAUUAUUGCGGAUGAGGAAAGCCACUGA